AUUGAGCUACAGGCAUCUGGAGACGGGCAGAUACGAGAAGCUCCGGAGACAUACGUUGUUUCUCGUUACAUCGAUACACCGUAUCUGAUUGCUGACAGAAAAUUCGAUCUCAGAGUUUACGUUUUAGUCACAUCGGACUCUUUUGGAUACGAAGACCAAGAUGCUAUGGCCUCUAUUUUGGCCGAACUCUUCUUUAGAGAACUAUAUGUGGUCUGA